UCCGGUGAGUAACAAAUACAGAGGUGAUGGGCGAGGAGUUGAAUAAUUACUCACAAUAACUCAACUUAAUAAUGCAGUAAGAAAGUGAGAUGAAACCUGAGAGAAUCGAGAUGAAGAACCUGGUGAGUGUGUUGCGCUUGCCCAGAGGUCCGGACCCCGACGGUCGUGGGUUUGACCCCACCUCACCCCGGUACAUUGCCCUGUGUCCCUCAUCCAUCCCGGCGUCCACAGCAAGCAGCGCUGACCUCAAGACCAUCGAGCAAGAGCAGAGAUUACGCUCAGAACUGCGAGAACGUUUCCUCAGGACUCUCAUAGCCAUGACAGACAAACAGGUUCACUUCAGGAUGUACGAAAAAGUUCAAGUGCGGGCCAAAUUCAGAGCCUCGGACAUCGACGUGCUGAACUUUCAGGUUUCUGAUCUGCAAACACCUCUAGGUGUUCAGAAGGAGGCGUUACUCAGGUGUCAGGAUGUGAUCUCCUGCUCCUUUAGCCUGAGUCUGUGAACGUUAGAGAGUUCUAUUAAACUGGAAGGUUGUGUUUAUCUCAGUGUUUGUGUCCAGUGUAAUUUAAAAUAAAAGUGCAUAUGCAGUACCAGUUUGUGCCACAAGAGGGAGCCAUAACUGUACCUUUAAUUUUUUGUUUUAAUCAGUAAAGGUUUCAGUCUGAUCUGCUCUUAAAGUAACGAGUGCCCUUUCGCGCUCCCUCACCUGCGCGCGCUCCCUCACCUGCCUCCCUCACCUGCGCGCUCCCUCACCUGCCUGCCUCACCUGCGCGCUCCCUCACCUGCCUGCCUCACCUGCGCGCUCCCUCACCUGCCUGCCUCACCUGUGCGCUCCCUCACCUGCCUGCCUCACCUGUGCGCUCCCUCACCUGCCUGCCUCACCUGCGCGCUCCCUCACCUGCCUGCCUCACCUGCGCGCUCCCUCACCUGCCUGCCUCACCUGCGCGCGCUCCCUCACCUGCCUCCCUCACCUGCGCGCUCCCUCACCUGCCUGCCUCACCUGUGCGCUCCCUCACCUGCCUGCCUCACCUGUGCGCUCCCUCACCUGCCUGCCUCACCUGCGCGCUCCCUCACCUGCCUGCCUCACCUGCGCGCUCCCUCACCUGCCUGCCUCCCCUGUGCGCUUCACCUCCAUCUGGAGGAUUUAAAAGCGGCGUUCACUCAGCGCACGUCAGAGCUGAAACAUCUGCGUCUGUCAGGUUUCAGUCGGAGUGUGAAAUGUUGAGAUUUCAUGUGCAGCGACGUUAAAAACCCUGACGAGCUUCGUCUCUCUCUUCAGCUUUCUGCUGUUGUCGUGAUUGUUGUCAUGAGCUGCAACUCAAAACUGGAAACAUGAAGUGCUGAGAGAACUCCUGAGAAAUGUGUGCUGGAGCCCAGAGCCUCCUGAAAACAGAAACUUCACCGUCUUGGUGUCCACGUGUCUCAUCAUGAAGUGACUUAAACUCCGACACAAAAGGGGUCUGUGAGGAAUCAUCAGAGUGUUCGAGCCUCUGCAUUCAGAAGGGACCUUUCUCUUAGGAAGCUUCUCUGAAACGGAGUCCUUUAGUUGUAGGAUUUCGACACGUAACCGAAAGAACGUCUGUGAGUGAAAUGGAAGAAUCUCAGGUUCUAACGCAAAUCAUUUUCCUUUACUGUAUGAAACUAAUCCAAAUGUACCGACUUGGUUACACCCUUACAGGUUCUGUGGAGGACCGUGAAAUAGGGCUUUCCUUUCAGACACGGUUCCAAUUAGACCCUUUGAGAAGACUUUUACAUAUCAUUUAAAAAGUACCAGUAGAGCCAUAUAAGUUUCCCCUGUUACAAAGUGUUUCAAUCAGAUCCCUUCAUAAUAUCUAGAACUUGUCUUCAAAAAUAGGGUUCUUCAAGCCUUCUUUAAGGGUUUGUUAGAUAAUUAAAAGGUUCUGCUUGGAACCCUGAUGGUUGUCCAAAGAACCCAUGACUAAACCUUUCAGCUAAGUGUGUAGCUGGACUGUACUCAGCUGCAGAUCUUCUUGGAAAAAGGUUAAAUCUAGUCCACUGGUUCUUUGGGUGCCAGUCUGGGGGAAAAACUUAAAGGUUCUGUGUAGAACCCUGUAACAAAGGUUUUUCAUAUAAAUGUCCCUACUUAUCUGAAGAACCCUUGAGGAACUUAAAUGUUCUUUUCUUCUUUGGGAGAAACCUUAUAGAACCCUGUAACUGAAGAUUAUUCGUUUAGGGAGGAUUUUAAGUGGAACUUGUGUAGAACUGCUUGCUGUACACAGAACCCUAAAGGAACCUUCCUGUUAAAGUGUGGUAUCGAGUGUGAUGUCAGAGGUCAGAAUCGGUGCACGCAGGACUGCGGUGAUUCAGAAGGAAGGAGCAUCGGAGUGAAGGUUCUCCUGUCUGAUAUUAAUGGUGCUUUCACUGAUGAUGGAGAUGCAGGCAGAGGAACGUCUCUAAGAUCCAAUCAUCCUAAAAGGGUUCAGCUUUGGGUUUUAAUACAAAAAAAAUCUAAUCAGGAAAUCCAGAAGGACACACAAUGAUAAUUGUCUUGAUUGAGUCGUGCUCUGGGUUCUGUCUCACACACUGACUAGUUGAGGAGGUUCGGUUCCUGAGGGAAGUCACUCAAAACUUAAAUUAUCAAAAUGACAAAAAAUAACUUGGAUUUUAUUUAACUUUAAAAAGUUAGUUUUCAGCAUUUAAGGUGAUAAGGUCUUCAGCCUGGUUCCUCAGGGGCGUCAGGAGAACCAGCUGAUUUCAGGAAGAUGUUCCACACUGAUGUCAUCUGGGUUCUGGAUUCUCUAAAGUGUUUUUUUUUUUUUUGUUCCUGAGUGGUUUGCCUGCAGCUGAGAGAUUUGUGGUGUAAAAAGUGUGUGUGUGUGUUUGGAUGGUACAGGGAAUCUGCCCUGGCCAACAGGAAGUACAUUCCAGUGCAUCCUGUUUGUGGUCAUCUCUGUCUUCCUGCCCGGAGCAGAACCGUGUCUGUGAUAACCUACAAUAAUACAUCAGCACUGGCACUUCAUCACGACACGACACACUGACCUCAGAUCAGACCCCAGGCACUUAAUCACCACCUGCUGCAGCGUGGGCGUGGGCGUGUCCACCCUGAUGCAGAUAAAGUUGACUGAAGAUGAAAGAGUGAAUCAUUUCAAGAGAAACUUGUGUAAAGGGCCAUUUCAGUGUGUUUACACUCUGAGGGUGAAAAGGUCACAGGGAGAACCUGUAAGCCCUAGAACCGGGUUCUACUGUCACCUCAACUGAACCCUGAACUAUACAGAGAACCCACUGAAGAACCCAGUGAUCUCACAGCGUGCUGCAGAUGAGGGUGAUGUUUUGUGAUUUUGGAGAUUUCAAGCUCCUUUUCUGUGGAGGGAACGGCACAGUGUUCAAAACACAAGCAUACAUUUAAUUAAUAAUAAUAAUCUUUGCAUUUUUGAAACAUUUUUCCAUCCAGUUUAUGGACACUGAAUAAAUGAUUUAAACAUUUCAUCAAUCUCUCUCUCUCUCUCUCUCUCUCUCUCUCUCUCCUCUCUCAUGUCAAAUCGUUUUUUCAGCUCUCUGUGUCGGAAGCUCUGAUGUGGAUGUCUUGGUGUCCUGUACGUUCUCCAAGUUUACAGAUAAAUGAGAUGAAUGUAUCGUUGUGUACCGGUGGGCGGCACGGUGGUGUAGUGGUUAGCGCUGUCGCCUCACAGCAAGAAGGUCCGGGUUCGAGCCCCGGGGCCGGCGAGGGCCUUUCUGUGUGGAGUUUGCAUGUUCUCCCCGUGUCCGCGUGGGUUUCCUCCGGGUGCUCCGGUUUCCCCCACAGUCCAAAGACAUGCAGUUAGGUUGACGUGGGGCGGCCUUGGGCUGAGGUGCCCUUGAGCGAGGUACCGAACCCCUGACUGCUCCCCGGGCGCUCUGGUGUGGCUGCCCACUGCUCUGGGUGUGUGUGUGUGUGUGUGUGUGUGUGUUUUCACUGCUUCAGAUGGGUUAAAUGCAGAGGAUGAAUCUCACUGUGCUUGAAGUGUGCAUGUGAUGAAUAAAGGUUUCUUCUUUCUUUAAAA